AUGAGGCCUCAGAAUCCUCCCCCGGGCUGGCGCCCCUCUCCACCCGGCGCCGCUCCCCCGUACGGCCCGCCUCCGGGAACCGCUCCGCCAGCACGACCAGGUUUCCCCCCGGGCCAGCACCCCCCGCAGCAACCCGGAUUUCCGCGCGGACCCCCUAGUCUGGGCCAAGUUCCGCCUGGUGCGCCGGGAUCCGCGCAGCCGCCUGGCGCAAGGCCCGCCGGACCUCCGUUCCCUGGGGGACCGUUCGCCGGCCCUCCGCCGGGUUCACGGCCCGCAGGUCCGCCUCCCCCGGGGGUUGCGCCGCCCGGCGCGCGGGGCCCGCCAGCUGGAUUUGCGGGUCCGCCUGCGGGUUUCCAAGGGCCUCCCGCGGGUGGCCCGCCAGGAGGAGCAGCCCGUCCGCCUGGCCCCUUCGCGGGCCCCCCGGGGGGUGGACCGCGCCCUGGCGGUCCUCCGCCGGGUUCCGCUCCGCCAGGCGCCGCUCCCCCUGGCGCGCCCCGCCCCAGCGGUCCCCCUUCCGGAUACCCCGGUGCGCCGCAGCAGUACCCUGGCUACCCCCCGCAGCAGCAGGCCCCCCCGCCGCCGGCGCAAUCCCGCCCUCCGCCCACCGGACCCGCGCCGUACGGUCCGCCAUCGUACGGCGCUCCGCCGCAGCCGGCGCAGCCAGGCGCGCCCCUUAACGCGCCCGGAGGCCCUCCCCCGCCCUUCGGAGCGCCUCACCCUCCGCCUGGCGCUGCGCCGCCGUCAUGGGGGGGAGCCGCCACGCAAUCCGCUCCGCCAACCCAGCAGAUGAGCGCGCUAGCUAUGGGCAGCCCUCCGCCUACCAUCCCGGGGCAAUACGGUGGUCCGCCCGGGUCCACCCCAGGGCAAUACGCGCAGCAUACUCCGCCUCCGCCUGGAUCCGCGCCGGGGCAGUACGGGCAGCAUGCGCCGCCUCCGCCGUUCUCCGCCGCUCCCCCGACAGGCCCUCCGCCUGGCGGAGCCAUGAUGCCCGGCGCGGGACCUCCGCCGCCCUUCGGCGCCCCCCCGACAGCUGGCGCGGCGCAGCGACGCGCGUAUCCCAUGCCCGCGGGAACGGUAAUCCCCUGGAAUGCAGCUGCCCUCCCCUGGGAUGGGCGCGCGCGGCAGCCCAUGGCGCCCUUCACGGGUCCCCGGGCAUGGGCGGGCAUGCGCCCCCCUCCCCCGGGAUGGGUGCGCGGCAGUCCAUGGCGCCCUUCACAGCCCAGGCGGCGGGGCAGCAGGGGUCCGCGCCCUAACCUCCCCCACCAACCCCUCUUCCUCCCUCACCUGCUCCAGCCCCCAGGCGUGGGCGCGCCCCCCCAGUCCCCGGGUAUGGGCGCGCAUCCACCCUCCCCCGGGAUGGGCGCGCGGCAGCCCAUGGCGCCCUUCACAGGGCAGGCGGCGGGGCAGCAGGGGUCGGCGCCCGGGUCUCGGAUCGACCCCAACCAGAUCCCGCGCCCCCCGCCCCCCUCGGACGCGUUUCUCUUUGAGACACGAGUGAACGGCACGGCUAACCUACCACCGGCCGCCACGUCAUCGUUUGUGGUCCGCGACACGGGUAACUGCAGCCCCCGGUUUAUCCGAGCGUCUUUGAACCAGAUACCUCUCUCUGCGGAUCUUCUCACCACCUCCGCCAUGCCUCUCAGCAUCAUGAUCCAGCCGUUCGCCCUGCAGGACCCGGCUGAUACCCCCGUGCAUGUGGUAGACUUUGGAGAGAUGGGGCCCGUCAGGUGCCACCGCUGCAAGGCAUACAUCAACCCGUUCAUGCGAUUCGUGGACCACGGGAGGAAGUUCAUCUGCAAUCUGUGUGGCGUCUCCAACGAGACUCCCCGUGAGUACGUGUGCAACCUCGGCCCGGAUGGCAGGCGACGAGACGCGGACGAGAGGCCAGAAUUGAUGCACGGGAGCGUGGAGUUUGUGGCUCCCAAGGAGUACUCGGUGAGUGCAGCUGUGGGCUCUUCCGUGGAUCUGCUUCUGGAGCUGCCUCUGCAGCCUCUUCUGCCUCUGCAGCCUCUUCUGCCUCUGCAGCCUCUUCUGCCUCUUCUGCCUCUUCUGUCUUGCCACUUUCCAUCUUCUUCCAAAUCUGCCGCGCUUUCUUCCCUCUUUGUCCACCCCAUUCCACCCGCUCUCAUUCAGAUCCGUGAUGCCACGCCACCAGUCUACUUCUUCCUUCUUGAUAUCCGCGAUGCCAUGCCCCCGGUUUACUUCUUCCUGCUCGAUGUUUCUUUCAACGCUGUGGCGUCCGGGGCUGCCUCGGCUGCGUGCUCCUCCAUCUCUCGCAUUCUGCAGGACCUGCCUGAGGGCGGUCGCACGCUCGUUGCCUUUGCCACCUUCAACUCCACCAUCCAAUUCUACAGCCUCAACAGCUCCCUGGCGCAGAGGUCAUGUGGCCUGUAUGUAAGUAACCCUCUUGCCUCCCCACCUGCAGCCGUACAUGCUGGUGGCCCAGAGGUAGAGGACGUGUACGCCCCCCUGCCGUCCGACCUCACCAAACCUUACUGUACCACUUAUCGUCCCCUACAAACCCCCCACCCACCCCUGCCUUUCCCCCUGCAGCCGUCCAUGCUGGUGGUACCAGAAGUGGAAGACGUGUACACUCCCCUGGCAUCAGACCUUGCCAAACUUUCCCCAUCACAACCCGUGCCCCCCUCCCGCCUCCAGCCGUCCAUGCUGGUGGUGCCUGAAGUGGAAGACGUGUACACUCCGCUGCCCUCUGACCGCAUCGUGCCUGCACGCACCCACUUCCCCCCUCCUCCCCUCCCUUUCAUCUCCCGCCUCCAGCCGUCCAUGCUGGUGGUGCCUGAAGUGGAAGACGUCUACACCCCCCUGCCCUCUGACCUCAUCGUUCCGCUUGACGAGGCGCGGGAGAGGCUGCAGCAGCUGCUGGAGUCGAUCCCCCAGAUGUUUGCAGAGACACGUGUGGCUGACUCAUGCCUGGGCGCAGCGCUGCAGGUGGGGGAUGGGUCGGUGUGGGAGCGGCUGCAGCAGCUGUUGGAGUCGAUUCCUCAGAUGUUUGCCGAAACACGUGUUGUUGACUCAUGCCUGGGAGCCGCGCCGCAGGGUGCUUUCCUAGCCAUGAAGAAAACAGGAGGCCGGAUCCUAGCCUUCCAGUCAGAAUCCAGAGGGAGGGCAAGCGCGUUAGUGGCGGAUAAAGACGUGCUGAGGCUGCUGAAGCUGCUGCAGCUCAACGACAAGCAGCUCACAUCCUUCCCCCCCCUCUUCCUUCUACCCCGUCCCACCUUCCCUGUUCCUUCUGCCCCGUCCGCAGUUCUUCCUUCUGUUGGCAUCGGAUCACUUUCCUCUCGGGAAGCAGAGGGACGAGCAAACGCCACCGUUGCAGAUAAAGACGUGCUGAAGCUGCUGCAGCCAAAUGACAAGCAGCUGAGGCCGAUGGCGGAAGAAAUGGCAGAUUUCCAAGUGGCGGUGGAUGUGUUUCUGACCACGCAGGGGUUCGCCGAUGCAGCUUCGAUUGCUGUCAUUCCCCGGAUCACAGGCGGACAGCUCUACAGCUACUACCCCUUCAGUGCCGCUCACGACGGGGGUAAACUGCAUAAUGACCUGCGCUGGGCCGUGAGACGGCCGCACACGUUCGAAGGGGUUAUGAAAGUGCGGUGCAGCCAGGGCCUGUCUGUGUCCGAUUACUUUGGCAACUUUCACCGCCGCAUCCCUGCCGAAAUAUAUCUGCCAGCGAUGGACGGCGACAAGGCCACCAUGGCAACCAUCAAGCCGUUCCUGCUCUCACCCUGUGUUAUGGACAGUGACAAGGCCAUCAUGGCAACCGUCAAGCACGAUGAGAAACUCGCAGAGAACAGCGAAGCCUGCUUUCAGGUGGGCCUCUGUUGCUCUCAGGUGGGUCUCUGUUGCUCUCAGGUGGGUCUCUGUUGCUCUCAGUGCGCCAUUCUCUACACCACCACCACGGGGGAGAGGCGUGUGCGAGUGCACACCCUCUCGCUGCCCACCACGGCCUCUCUGGCCUCUGUGUUCCGCGGGGCUGAUCUGGACGCGCAAUUCGCGUACAUGCUCAAGACAGGGGCUGAUCUGGACGCGCAAUUCGCGUACAUGCUCAAGACAGGGGCUGAUCUGGACGCGCAAUUCGCGUACAUGCUCAAGACAGCUGCUGCGGACGUGGUAACCCACCCGGUGCAGCCAGUGCGAGACGCAGCAGUGCAGGCGGCAGUGAGCAUUCUUCACACCUACCGCAAGUUCUGUUUAUCCUUUUGCUCUCCCCAUCCCCCUUCAACCUCUUCUCCUCUCCCCCCUACAGCUGCUGCGGAUGUGGUAACGCAUCCCGUGCAGCCAGUGCGAGACGCAGCAGUGCAGACGGCAGUACGCAUUCUCUACACCACAACUACCACUGCAAGUCCCAUUUCGUAUUUUCCUUUUCCCCAUUCCUCUCUCUUUCCUGCAGCUGCUGCGGACGUGGUGACUCACCCUGUGCAACCAGUGCGGGACGCAGCAGUGCAGACGGCAGUGAGCAUUCUCUACACCUACCGCAAGUUCUGUGCCACUGCCUCAUCUUCUGGGCAACUUAUCUUGCCAGAAGCACUCAAGCUGCUGCCCUUGUACACCCUGGCCCUCCUCAAGUCACAGGGUCUGAGGGGAGACGUGAAGGUGGACGAGGGCUCCGCCUGGCUGGCGAGAGCUCAUCCCCAUCAGCACCUCUCGGCGAUUCCCUGCCACUAUGUUCCACCAUCCCCAUCACCACUAUGUUCCAUUCCACUAUCCCCAUCACCACUAUGUUCCAUUCCACCAUCCCCAUCACCACUAUGUUCCAUUCCACCAUCCCCAUCACCGCCCCCCCUUGCCACCACCCCUACCCCCCCUCUUUCCCCCCCAGCGCUCCUCGAGUCACAGGUUCUGAGGGGAGACGUGAAGGUGGACGAGCGGUCGGCCUGGCUGGCAAGAGUGCGCACCAGCUACUUGUUGCCAACACGUCUCGUAUUUCCGUCCUCUGUGCACUCUCCUUCCUUGACCCCCAUCCCUCCAUCACCCCAUCCCCCCCUCCUCCAGCCCUCCUCAACCCUCCUCAAGUCGCAGGGUCUGAGGGGAGACGUGAAGGUGGACGAGCGGUCGGCCUGGCUGGCGAGAGUGCGCCCCCUCUCUGCGUCGCUCUCUGUGCCCUUGGUCUACCCGCGCCUCUUUGCCCUGCACCACCUGCUCAAGGACGCAGCGAAUCAGGUGAGAUGA